CACCUGGGGUUUCGCGUCCGGAUCCAUUCAGUCAUGUAGAAGUUAUGGCCCCUGACUUUGUAAAAAUUGGUCAUUUUAAUGUUGUGUCGUGCCUAGCUCCAAAAGUAUAUGACCUAGAGUCACAAAACUUUACAGGCAUGUUGGUCAGCAUGUGCAGUUGUGCACCUGGGGUUUCGCGUCUGGAUUCAUCCAGACAUAUAGGAGUUAUGGCCCCUGACUUAGUAAAAAAUUGGUCAUUUUAAUGUUGUGUCACGCAUAGCUCCAAAAGUAUUUGACCUAGAAUCACCAAAGUUUACAGGAAUGUUGGUCAGCAUGUGUAGUUGUGCACCUGGGGUUUCGCGUCCGGAUUCAUUCAGUCAUGUAGAAGUUAUGGCCCCUGACUUUGUAAAAAUUGGUCAUUUUAAUGUUGUGUCGUGCCUAGCUCCAAAAGUAUAUGACCUAGAGUCACAAAACUUUACAGGCAUGUUGGUCAGCAUGUGUAGUUGUGCACCUGGGGUUUUGCGUCCGGAUUCAUCCAGUCAUGUAGGAGUUAUGGCCCCUGACUUUGUAAAAAAUUGGUCAUUUUAAUGUUGUGUCGUGCAUAGCCCCAAAAGUAUUUGACCUAGAAUCACCAAAGUUUACAGGAAUGUUGGUCAGCAUGUGUAGUUGUGCACCUGGGGUUUCGCAUCCGGAUUCAUUCAGUAUUGUAGGAGUUCUGGCCCCUGACUAAUGUCAUGUAGUGGGGGCAUCUGUGUCCCAUGGACACAUUUCUAGUUUUGUAAUUACUGGCUUUUCUACAUUAAAAAUUAAACUGGCGAUGACUUUGUUCUUCAAACACUACUAUAUUGCACAUUAUUAUUCAAUAUUGGAAACUAUACAGUAAGCGGGAUGCUUGAAUCAUUAAAAAAAACGUUCCACAAAGAGACCCGAAUAAGACUGAUUCCAUCUAAUACCGCGAAUUUUCAACAGAAUAAGAAUAAUUUAAGAAACUUUAUUUUGUCGAAUGUCGUCCUGAAAAUUAUUCACCACGGUGCAGCAGUUCCGGGAAUUAUGGGAUAAAAGGACAACAACAAAAACAGGUGAAGGAUGGCUUCACUUGACUACAGAAAUAAGGUGGUACUUGCACCUAUGGUUAGGAUCGGUACCCUACCAACAAGACUGCUAGCUUUACAGUAUGGAGCAGAUAUUGUAUAUUGUGAGGAAAUUAUAGACCACAAAAUACUCAUUGCUGAAAGGAUUGAUAAUACCAUUCUUGGAACUGUAGAUUAUGUCCUGUCUGACUCAACUCUUGUCUUCCGAACUCAUCCUAGUGAGAAAGGAAAAGUUGUCUUCCAGCUGGGAACUGCUGAUGCAAAGACAGCUUUGAAAGCAGCAAAGAAAAUAGAAAAUGAUGUGGCUGCUAUAGAUAUAAACAUGGGAUGUCCGAAGGAAUUUUCUAUAAAGGGUGGAAUGGGUGCUGCAUUACUCAAGAAACCGGAGAAAAUUAAAGAGAUUCUCACCACCCUAGUACAGAAUGUUAAAAUACCAGUAACAUGUAAAAUAAGACUUCUUCCUGAGUUAGAAGACAAUAUAUCACUGGUGAAGAUGAUAGAAAGUACUGGUGUUAGUGCUGUAGGUAUACAUGGUCGUCUGACAGAGGAGAGGCCCAGACAUACUAACAGAAAUUCUGUCAUCAAAAAACUGGCUCAAAUACUUACCAUACCUGUUAUUGCCAAUGGCGGAUCAAAAGAUAUACAAUGUUACGAUGACAUAGAGAAGUUCAGGCAAUCCUGUGGUACGACAUCUGUGAUGAUUGCCAGAGCCGCUGAAUGGAAUACUUCUGUGUUCAGGAAGAAAGGGAAACUGCCUGUCAAAGAUGUAAUCAAAGAAUAUUUAAAAAUUGCUAUAGACAUGGACAACGGCUUCACAAACACUAAAUAUUGUAUACUGAUGAUGAUGCAUGCAGACAUGGACCAGCAAGAAGGACUGGACACACAGGAUUCUAAAUGCAUUGAGGAAAUAUGUGAAAUAUGGGGAAUGACAGAGUACAUGAAGGAAGUAAGGAUGGAAAGAAAGAAGAAACAGGAACAAGUGGACAGAUAUCUAGGAAUAAAGAAAAGAAAAACAGAAAAUGGCACAUGUCUUAUUGAAAUGCCAAUAAGAUUUAUCAAAAAAGACUACCCUGUUAGCAUCAGUCCUAAGUUGAAAUUGUAUGAAUGGACAAAGCGGAACAAAGUAGAUAUACCUCAGUAUGAUACGGUGGAGAGGAAAGAAGAUCGGUGUUACAAGUGUGUAAUGGAGCUAGAUGGGGUUAAAUAUACUUCCACAUUCUGGGAAAAGUCCAAGCAGUUGGCUGAGCAAGCUGCAGCUAUUGUUGGCCUGAUUGUCCUCAGAGAGGAUGAUGGGAGAAAACCUGGUAGUGACAGUCCUAAUGAUGAGGUCAUUAAAGUCUGGAGAGAGGAAUUCCAUAUAUCACAUGAUGAUGCUAUUUAUAAACAUAAAUCUGAGAAUUCUGGGAAGUGCUAUGAGGAUUUCCCAAAAUCUAAAUAUAGAAACUUGGAUGGAGAGUCUAGUGAAAGAAAUGGAGUUGACAGUGUUGAAAGACUAACAAUUAAGAAUCAGAGUGAUGUUAGUGGUGUAACUGAUAAUUCUUAUAAUCUAGAUAACAAGAAUCCUAUAAUUUCUCAGAAAGACAUUUCAAAUACUGAUAUGUCAGCUGAUAAAGUAACACCAGAAGCUGCUAUGAAUAGAUGAUAUCUGAGAGAUAGUAAAUUUCAAUGUAGUUUUUAUUUUCAGAAAUAUGUGAUAAAACAAUUUUACCUCCUAUAUGGAUUCAUUAAGCAAAUAUAUACUUGAUUGACUUUUUUCUUUAGCUACGGACAAGGCCACCUUGGCUGACCUUUCAUGAUUUCUCACUGUCCAGCCAUCUGGAAUCCAUCUGGUAUGGAUGAUCCUUGGAUAGGCAUCUUUCAAAGUUGUUUAAAUGGUUCCACUUGGCUUCACAAAAGGGCCAUCAGAGAUAAUUUAGAAAAAUCUUUGAAUGAGUCUCCAAAACCACUAGUCUGAUUUGUCAAAAAAUGUGGCCACCAAAGGUAGAGAUAGAAAACUGUUCAAAUGACAUCUUCUAAACAUGUGAUGAAAUAAUUCUUUCUCAGAAAUAUUUUCCGGGUGGCUGUAUACUAAGAUUUUUCAAAUGAUCCCAAUUUGUCCAAAAAAAAAAUGUCUACUAUGGCGUCAUGAUCAUCUUUCCUCCAUAUGUAAACAGUAGGAAAUUUGAAAUAUCUUCUCAUUGAAAACUGAUAGUCUGACUUUUAUAGUUUCACACAAAUAUUCCUUUAGUAACCUUACGUCUGUGUUGUUUAAGUUAUUUUGAUGGUAUCAAUCAAAGACAUAGCCACUAGGGGCAUAGCCUCUUCAUAUAUGUUUAUAAUAGGAAUUUUAAAAUGCUUGCCUGAUAUGAUAUAAAGUGUUCACCCUCUAGCAAAUAUUUUGAGUGGGCAAAAACAUGGCUGCCAGCGAACAUGGAAACUUUAAAAAUGUUCUUAUCAGAAACUUCUUCCCAGUUUUGAAAUAAUUACAGUCAAACCCAAAACAAACAAACAAACAAAAACAAAAUGUCCUGGUAAAUUCAUGUAGUAAAUACAUGCUAUAGUAUGUUCCCUUAUUUGUAAGGCUGACAUUUAUAAUAAAGUGAAGAUAGUUUAGUAAAACGAUUUUGCAUGGUAUGAUGCUCGUGAAAAUGAUGCGUUUAUAAUUAUGUUCAGCAAAGGGUUUUAGAAGAUUUUUUAAAAAUAUUUAUGCAAUUUAUGAUUUUAUGUGUUAUGAAGUAAAAGGAUUUAAUUAAAUCUCUCAAAAUCUU